AUGAUAACAGCUGCAAUACUUCUUACUGGCCCAAUAGGAGGAGCAAUAACAUUUGCUUGUAUAGCAGCUAACACCGUAAUUCAAGCAAGAGGCUUAUCAAAGCUUAAAAAUAUUCAAAGCGAGAAUAUUUUAUUAUCAAAAACAUUAGAAAUUGAAAAUGAAAAAGGCAAGUUGUUAGAAGAUAGUAUUGGAAAGUCAUUGGAAUCAAUUUUAUUAGAAAAUCAUGAGUUGAAUUUAGGUUUAAAUUCUUCAGAAGCACAUCAAAACAAUCAAAGAAAAAUAUCAAAUAAAGUAGCAUUAAAAAAACAACUGCAAACUCACGGACUAGAAUAUUUAACUAUGGGAGGAAUGUCUACAGGUUUUUUCUUAGGUGCUAUAGAACCUGCUUCACUCGCCAUAGGUUUGACCACAAUGCUGCUUAGAACUGCUGUUGAUCAUAAAAAACAAAAGGCAUUUGAAAGUGAAAAAAAUGUUUUACUUGAACAAAAUGAAAAAUUAUCUAAUGCUCUUGGCAUAGAUUAUCAAUAUGGAAAAAGUAUAGAACAAUUAAAAGAGACAUUUUUAAAUUCUUAUUUAGAAAAAGAAGCAAUAAAAGUUGUAAAAGAAAAAAUAAUAUCUGGGGAACUAGAUAUAUCAAACAAAAAAUCAAUUCAAAUUGCGUUUGCUGAAGCAAAAGAAAAUGUGAAAGAAAAUUUACCUCAAGAAAUGAAAUCAUUUACUCAGAAACAAUCUUUAAAAGAUAAAACAAUAGAUUUUUUUUCAAAUGUCAAAAAUGUAGUUACGCAUGGAUUUUCAA